ACACACACACACACACACACACACACACACACGCACUCAGUCUGUCGCUCUCACAGACACCAUUAGCACGGCUCUGUGGUGGAAAUAGAAAGCUAGAGAUAAAGAGAGAGAGACAGGAGGAUCAAAAGAAAAACAAAGAGGGCAAACAGGUGGACCUAGGAAGAGAAACAGCAAACUAUUCCUCAGACUACAGCAUGCAGCAGCGGUGGGUGUGUGUGGCUUUACUGGCCCUCCUGACUGUCACAUUGACGCUGGCAGACGGUGGAAAAACAGAGAAACACGGUAAGAAAGAGCGUAAAUCGGAUUGUGGCGAGUGGCAGUGGAGCGUGUGUGUGGCUAACGAGGGUGACUGCGGCCUGGGCACCAGAGAGGGCACACGCACCGGCACCGACUGUAAACAGACCAUCAAAACCCAGCGCUGCAAAAUCCCCUGCAACUGGAAAAAGCAGUUUGGAGGUGAGUGUAAAUAUGAUUUUCAAGCUUGGGGAGAGUGUGACUCGACCACUGGAACGAAGACGCGCACCGGUGUGCUAAAGCGAGCGCUGAUGGACGCUAACUGCCCGAACACCGUCAGCGCCACCAAACCCUGCGGCAAACCCAAGACCAAGAUACAAGAUUCACAGAAACCAAAACGGGAAGGAAAGAAGAAGGAGCGAAACCCGACGGACUAGAGGAGAAACUCCAGCUGCAUCCUGAAGCUGCUCUCUUCUGCUCCUCGAGCAAAGACCGCAUGUGAGCCGCAGAGAUGAUGCCAGAUCUGAUUUACAGUUGAAUAUUUUUAGAUCGUUUGUAGCUUUAUUUUACAGCUCACGGAAUAAUACAUAAAUGAUAAAAGAAACAAAUGAAUUACUAAAAUCAUCUGCUGAAUCUUCUAACGUUGUGCCAGCAGUAUCAGACAGCCCAGUUCACACAAAUAUGUUCUAAGAACGUUUUUAUAACAUUCCCAAUCCCAUUAGGUUAUGAAAAGCUCAGAAUUUUCUCUGAACAUUCUAAACAUCCAGUUUUUUAAAUGUUUAAAAAAAAAAACCUUCUCUUGGUUAUGCAGAUGUUAAGGGAUCGUUACAUUUGAUCAUUUUCCAAACAUUCCAAAUGUUCUGAUACAAGAAAACAUUCCAUGAACGAUGUAUAAAUAACCCGAAAAAU